AUGGAAGCUGUGAGUAGCGUUGACGAGAGCUCGACAACCACAGAUUCAAUUCACACUCCGGCGAAGAUUAUACCGUCGACGGCGAGAAAGUCGUCAUCUCCGGCGAGUUUAUACAGAAUGGGAAGCGGAUCAAGCGUGGUUUUAGACUCUGAGAACAGCGUCGAAGCCGAAUCAAGAAAGCUCCCGUCGUCAAGAUUCAAAGGCGUCGUUCCUCAGCCAAACGGAAGAUGGGGAGCUCAGAUUUACGAGAAACACCAGCGCGUCUGGCUCGGCACUUUCAACGAAGAAGACGAAGCGGCGCGUGCUUACGACGUCGCUGCUCACCGUUUCCGCGGCCGUGACGCCGUCAGGAACUUCGUGGUAGAAGGUGACGGUGACGGAGCCGAGGUUGAUUUCUUGAACGCACAUUCGAAAUCCGAGAUCGUCGAUAUGUUGAGGAAACACACCUACAAAGAGGAGCUAGAGCAGAGGAAACGGAACCGUAACGGUAACGGAAACAGGAACGAGACGGCGUUCGUAACGGUUGUGACGGGGUUUAAAUCGGCGGAGUCUCUGUUCGAGAAAGCGGUGACGCCGAGUGACGUCGGGAAACUAAACCGUCUAGUGAUCCCGAAACACCAAGCGGAGAAACAUUUUCCGUUACCGUUAUCUGGCGACGUCUCCGUUAAAGGGACGCUGUUGAAUUUCGAGGACGUUAACGGGAAAGUGUGGAGGUUCCGUUACUCGUACUGGAACAGUAGUCAAAGCUAUGUGUUGACUAAAGGAUGGAGCAGGUUCGUUAAAGAGAAGAGACUCUGUGCCGGUGAUUCGAUCAGUUUUAAAAGAUCCAACGGUCAGGAUCAACAGUUGUAUAUUGGGUGGAAGUCGAAAUCCGGGUCGGAUCAGAAUACGGGCCGGGUCGUUAUGAGAUUAUUCGGGGUUGACAUUUCUUCUGUUAAGCUACAAAACGACGCCGUAGUUAAGGAAGAAGAGACGGAGAUGUUGUCGUCGUUAAGUCAUUGCUUAUUCACACAAUGGAAAAUGUUGUUCGGUCUUUCUCAGUCCCGUUCUUUGUUUAACGGCGAUCUAUUAACGCCGUCGAGAUACCUUGCCGGAGCUCCGGCUAAGUUCUCCACUCUCCCGCUCUCAGGCAAAAGGAAGUCAUAUUCUCCUAGAACAAGAAGGUUUCAAGAACUUCAAAGCACAUUAGAAGUAAGAAGAAAUCCACCUCUAGUAUGUGGAAGAGUAUCGCCUUGUCUUACUGUUCCUGAUCACAUACAAAAGCCUCCUUAUCUCGAGUGUAACGAGUUACCAAAGAUAUCAAGUGAAUAUCAGAUUCAUGACUCCAAAGGUAUUGUGAAAAUGAAGGCAGCGUGCGAGCUUGCUGCUCGUGUGUUAGACUAUGCAGGAACUUUGGCUUUUGUAACCACAGAUGAAAUCGACAAGGCAGUGCACAAGAUGAUCAUUGAGUCUGGUGCUUAUCCUUCACCUCUCGGAUAUGGAGGAUUCCCUAAAAGCGUUUGUACAUCGGUUAAUGAAUGCAUGUUUCACGGGAUUCCAGACUCACGGCAGCUACAGAACGGAGAUGUGAUAAAUAUCGAUGUGGCAGUUUACUUGGAUGGAUAUCAUGGAGAUACGUCAAAGACUUUCCUCUGUGGAGAUGUCAAUAAAAGUCUUAUACAACUUGUGAAGGUUACAGAAGAAUGCUUGGAGAAAGGUAUAUCGAUUUGUAAAGAUGGAGCAAGCUUCAACGAAAUUGGGAAGAUCAUCAGUGAGCAUGUUGAGAAGUAUGGAUACAAUGUGGAGAGCUUUAUUGGGCAUGGUGUUGGAACGGUACUACAUUCAGAGCCUCUAAUAUAUCUUCAUCAAAACUAUGAUCACGAACUUGAGCAUAUGAAUAUGAUUGAGGGUCAAACUUUUACUCUGGAACCUAUCCUUACCAUUGGAACUACUGAGUUUGUAACGUGGCCAGACAAAUGGACUAUUCUGACAGCAGAUGGUGGUCCGGCCGUACAGUCCUUCCCAAAUCUUGGGAUCUCAUCCAACGGUCCAGGUUUCUCCUCUCUAUCAAGUUCCACUCCCAAGAACCUCAUUUCUUCUCGAGCUCUCUCCCACAACUCGGGAACUACCGAAAAUCACAGACCAAGUAAAGUUCAAGAACUCAGCGUGUACGAGCUCAACGAAGGAGACAGACACAGCCCGAAAAUUCUGAAAAACGCAAUGAGCCUAACGUUCGGUCUCGGCGAUCUCGUCCCAUUCACCAACAAACUCUACACCGGCGAUCUCAAGAAGCGCGUGGGAAUCACCGCCGGUCUCUGCGUCGUGAUCGAACACGUCCCGGAGAAGAACGGUGACCGAUUCGAAGCGACUUACAGCUUCUACUUCGGCGACUACGGCCACUUAUCCGUACAGGGACCGUACUUGACUUACGAGGAGUCGUUCCUCGCCAUUACAGGUGGCUCCGGGAUCUUCGAAGGCGCGUACGGACAGGUCAAGCUUCAACAGCUUGUGUAUCCGACAAAACUGUUCUACACUUUUUACCUCAAGGGUCUUGCUAAUGAUUUACCGGCGGAGCUCACCGGAACACCGGUUCCGCCGUCUAAGGACGUGAAGCCGGCGCCGGAAGCCAAGGCGUUAAAACCCCACGGAGUUAUUACUAACUUUACUAAUUAAAAUAAAUAUAAUUAGUCCCAUUUUUCUUGUGUCUUUUUUUUGUUAAAGCAUUUUUUCUUUUUCUUGUGUCUUUGUAUAAUGGAUAUUCUAUUUUUUUUAAUAAAGAACUGAGAAGUUACAAGCUAA